GUCUAUUCCACACAGCCGCUGAUCGAGCGCCUUGGUGGGGGCUUGCCGGGCAGCAGCAUGGGCGAGCCGUUGGAGGAGCAGGACUACAAGGUGGUGCUAGCGCAAAAGAGAUUCCUCUUCCGCACCCAGGAUGUGCCGGUGGCUGACCGCAGCAAGCUGCAGCACGACAUCGUGGGCUUGCUGCAGGCGCACGACAUGGCGCCGCUAUACGAGGAGGUGUGCGGUGAGCUGGGCGUGAGCGGCAACGCAGCGGCGCUGGGCGAGAUGCGGGAGCGCAACGCCAAGCAGCUGGCGGAGCUGGACGAGAAGAUCAAGGACGCGGAGGUCAACGCGGGCGAGAUGGAGGUGCGGGACGCGCUGCAGGCUCGAGCCGACUACCUGUGCGGCAUCGGCGACCACGCGGCCGCGCUGGAGGCGUUUGCGGCGGCGGAGGCCAAGACGGCGGGGGUGGGCCCCAAGAUGGACCUUGCCUUCUCCCAGAUCCGGCUGGAGCUGAGCCGCGGAGACUGGGGCGCGGUCAAGGCGGGGUUGGACAAGGCGCGCGGGCUGUGCGACAAGGGCGGCGACUGGGAGCGCAAGAACAAGCUCAAGGUGUACGAGGCCGUGUUCCUGAUGGCCACCCGCCAGUUCAAGCGCGCCGCCGAGCUGCUGCUGGAUGCCAUCGCCACCUUCUCCAGCGGCGAGCUGAUGUCGUAUGAGCGCUGCAUCUUCUACACCGUGCUGCUGGCGGUGGUGGCGCUGGACCGGCCCACGCUGAAGAGCAAGGUCAUCGACUCGCCAGAGGUGCUGUCUGUCAUCGACUCGCUGCCCCACCUGCGCCCCUUCCUCUCCUCCCUCUACGACUGCCAGUACGCCCAGUUCUUCAAGGCGUUUUCGGGCCUCAGCGACGAGAUCCGCGCCGACAUGUACCUGCACCCCCACUUCCGCUACUACAUGCGCGAGGUGCGGGCGGCGGCGUACGCGCAGUUCUUGGAGUCGUACAAGAGCGUGACGCUGGCCUCCAUGGCCGCCACAUUCGGCGUGUCUCCCGACUUCCUGGAUGCGGAGCUGGCCGACUUCAUCGUGGCUGGGCGGCUGCCCGCCAAGGUGGACAAGGUGGCGGGCGUGGUGGAGACCAACCGCGCCGAUGCCAAGACGGCGCUGUACCAGCAGACCAUCAAGCAGGGCGACCUGCUGCUCAACCGGCUGCAGAAGCUCAGCAAGGUGAUCGACAUCGAGUGACGGCGGCCGAGGCGAGGCAGGGGCGGCCGACGGUGGUGCCAGCUGCCGGCGGACGCCGUGUGGGCGAUAGCACACCGUGGCUCUGCCUCUGUUCUGUUCUGGUUGCACACGCCCCUGUGAAACAUUCAACCUGCUA